ACUUAAUAAUUUCACUAUUCGUUCUUGCAGUUAGUAGCUGAGCCUUACAAUUUACCUUAAAUAAGGAUCUCAAUUUUCCACUUUUAGAGUAGAAUUGCAAGAAUGGCGCAACGACAAGCGUUGUCACACACCAUACAGAAUCAAUUGAACUCGUACAACAAAAGAUUGAAAGACGACAUUCGUUCAAUGCUAGAUAACUUCUGUGAAAUUAUAAAGUCCGGAAAAGUUGAUGAAAACCAACAACUGGAUAGAGCGACGCAAAAUUAUUACGACGUUUACCAAAUGAGGGUUCGGUCGGCUAACAUAGUGCGUGCAGGGGAGUCGCUUCUACGUUUGAUUGCCGAGCUUAAAACAUUUCUUAUUCUGAAUGACUUCCCAAGCAUCAACCGGCAUAUUGAGGCACAAAAUAACCAUCUUAACUUAGUGUCGGGGAAAUGGAACGAACAGUUAGUUCGACUACGAGAUGAAGCAUCCGUCGUAUUACAUGAUCUGGAGUCGGAACUUUACAGCUCCAUCCGCCCAAAACAAUAAACUAUAGUUGGUAUAUUAUCUUUGCAUUAAUCAGCUUCUGCAAGAGCUGGUCUAUAUGGUUGAGCUGCUAAAGGAUCUAGGAAUUAGGUCAAAUUUGGCCUAUUAACGCAAAAGACAAUACACUAAGCCAUGAGCAGCAGUCUGUUCGUGCUAUGCUCUUUUGAUGCCAAGCUUUUGAAAACAAGGGUGCUCUUUAGGCCAAAUAUUGUUACCUUCAAUUGAUGUUAUAUCACCAAUUAUACCCAUAUUAGGCGCCAUGUCCAUUGCCCACUCCAUAAUACUGUUUGCUACACAAGAUAAUACGCCUCAGGGUCAUACACACAAAAUGUUCUUUAUUUACACAACCAAAA